GAAAGAAAGAAGAAAGGAAGGAAGGAAGAAAGGAAGGAAGGAAGGAGCAGGGUAAUAAGAAAGCAGAAGAGAGGAUUAGUUUUGUGAAGGGAACAUCAUCCCAAAGAUAAAGACGCCUUUUGCUUUGCUUUGCUUGUGAACUUGGGUUUUGGUUCUCUACUCUUUGAUUCUCCCAUUAAACGACGAAAAAAAUAACUGAAAUUUAUUAUUUUUAUCGUUUUUUUUUAUUAUUCAAUUCUCUCUCUCUCUCUGUCUAUCUCUUUCUCUUUCUCUUUCUUUCUCGUUUGGAUCGGAUCUCAAAACAACUUUGAACAGCACACAAAGAGCCUACAAAGUUGUUUAGCUUUCUCUUUGGGGUUUUCUGGGUGGGGGUCGUCUCAUUUUCGCUUCUUCGCCGGUCAUGACCGCUUUCUUGCUCCGCAUUCUCAUUACUCUUUUGUAAUAAGAUUUGGUGAAUUACAUUUCUUUUUUGAAUUUGCAUAAUGGCUGAUUCGAAUUCAUGCCUUCGGUUUGGGUGUUUGCUUAGUGGUUGUGCAUAGUAGUGUCAAUUACGACACUCUUUCUUUGAGAAAGACGCUUGCCCUUUGUUUGGUUGCUCAGAAAACUGAUGAAAAGAUUAAGGAUAUAUUUGGAUCACUACAGUUUUAUUAAGCUCUGUUGCGUGGAGGCUCUGUUUUCUCUGACUGUUUCAAUAGUGAAAUAAGAUUCAAAAUUUUAUUUGUUUUCUUUUCACACGCUUUCUCAGCAACAAAAAGGGUAAUAGUCUGUAAGCGAUAGCCUUAGAAUAAGGAUCGAUGAGCUCAAUUGGAUUUUGAUGUGGCAGCGCUGAUGCUGAAUUGCUCAAUGGAAUCGGUUGGUGAUGGAGUUAGUUCUUUCCCAAAGACUCAUAAUUCUGCUUCUGUGAUGGGCUAUAACCUUUCUUCCAUCUCUGGGACUUCUCGCCCCACUCGGCUUCCACCUCCAAAACAAUCUAGAAAUGACGGGGCUUCUUCUGCAUCUUAUGCAACUGUUCCUGACCAUGGGAUGAAGACUGUCCUACAUGCAGUGGACUCUGUAAUCAAUGAAAAGCAUUCCCACAAAACAGCACAAGAUCAUAUGCAUCUCGAAGAACUACAUACUUCAUCAAAACAAUUAUAUAAAUCAAACAAAGAUCAAUUGGUUGUGGGCCCAAAUGCUGUUCUUGAUAAGAUGGGGAAAAAUUCUUCUCAAAAGCAGGUUUCAGCAGUGGAAACCAAAUCUUGCAUCAAGCAUCCUGUUGAUGUUUCUGAGAAUUGUAAUUCAAGUGGAUUGAUAGGUCCUGAAAAUUUUGUUCCAGGCCCAUGUAAAGGAGGUGUUGUAGAACCAAACAGCCAAUUAACGGCUCAAUCAGCAAUUAGCUUUUGCGCUAGUCCUCAAAACAGUCUAUACUCUGCAACUCAGUACACAGAAGCAAAACAAAGUUUCACCAACACGGAGGUUAGUGAAUGUGCAAGCAGUGUAGAGAAGUCUGGUGAAAGUGCUGAAAUUAGCAACUCCUGUGAUUUUGCUGAGAGCAGGAAGACUAGUAUCUACAGAGGUAGCACUGGCAGUGAUCUUAGUGAUGAAAGCAGCUCCAGCAGUUUUAGUAGCACUCUUUACAAGCCUCACAAGGCAAAUGAUACGAGAUGGGAAGCAAUUCAAGCUGUGCGAUCUCGUGAUGGGGUGUUGGGUUUGAACCACUUCAGGCUGUUGAAGAAAUUGGGAUGUGGAGAUAUAGGCACUGUUUAUCUGUCAGAGUUGAGUUGCACUAGAAGUUACUUUGCCAUGAAAGUUAUGGAUAAAGGAGCUCUAGCGAGCCGGAAGAAGCUUCUGAGGGCUCAAACAGAGAGAGAGAUAUUGCAAUCUUUGGAUCAUCCAUUUCUGCCUACUUUGUAUACACACUUUGAGACAGAGAAGUUCUCUUGCUUGGUGAUGGAGUUCUGCCCUGGGGGUGAUUUGCACGCACUCAGACAGAGACAACCAGGGAAAUAUUUCUCAGAGCAUGCUGCCAGGUUUUAUGUGGCAGAAGUUCUCCUUGCUUUGGAGUAUUUGCACAUGCUUGGGAUCAUUUACAGGGACCUGAAACCAGAGAAUGUUCUGGUGAGGGAAGAUGGGCAUAUAAUGCUUUCAGACUUUGACCUCUCCCUAAGGUGUGCUGUCUGCCCGACGUUGGUCAAAUUCUCAAACUCAAGCUUGGAAUCCAAGAACUCAGGAUAUUGUGUUCAGCCUGCUUGCAUUGAGCCAACCUGUGUCAUCCAGCCAUCUUGCAUCCAACCCACAUGUUUUGCUCCACGCUUCUUGACAAGGGCCAAGAAAGAGAAAAAGGCAAAACCAAAGAAUGACAUAUAUCAUCAGGUGAGCCCUCUCCCAGAGCUCAUAGCUGAACCCACAACCGCUCGAUCAAUGUCCUUUGUGGGUACUCAUGAGUACUUGGCACCUGAAAUCAUUAAAGGUGAAGGGCAUGGCAGUGCUGUUGACUGGUGGACAUUUGGGAUCUUUCUCUAUGAGCUCUUGUUUGGUAAAACUCCUUUUAAGGGAGCUGGAAACCGGGCUACUCUCUUCAAUGUGGUUGGGCAGCCGCUUAGAUUUCCUGAGUCACCUGCAGUAAGCUUUGCUGCAAGGGACUUGAUAAGAGGUUUGCUUGUGAAAGAACCACAGCAUCGCCUUGCAUAUAGGCGUGGAGCAACAGAAGUUAAGCAGCAUCCGUUCUUUCAGAGUGUGAAUUGGGCACUCAUUCGAUGUACCAAUCCGCCAGACGUGCCAAAACCAUUCAUGAUAGACUUCUCUGCAAGAAGUGACACAACAAAAGCACCCACAGCCGUAAAGGUCCCAGGUGUUGAUGUGAAGCCUUCUGGUAAUUAUUUAGAGAUCGAUUUCUUUUGAUUCUUGUGAUUGUUUCCUCUCUGCUUCAUUUUCUAUCUCCUUUUUUUGUAUUGUGCUUCAAUGGCUUCUCUUUCCAUUGCCAAGGGGGGGGUUCUAAUAUGUGGGUUCCUCUGAUAAAAGCACAUGUAACUGCUCCUUUGUUACUGGGCAUCACAUGAUAAAAACUGUGCUCAUGAAAUUCAAAUGCAAUUAAAUGAGGAAUGAAGUUGCUGCAUCUUUCUUGCUGUCC